AGGUCGCAGCCGCCUCGGUUUCUUGGUCCCUCUCUAGGGUUAGGGUUAGGGUUUGGGUUUGGUGUCCCAUCUGAUCGAUCCGCAAUGGAGAGCAAAAGGGGGGAGGAGGAGGAGAUGACAAUCACUUUGAAGUGCUUGCCUGGGGGUGUUGAAGUGGUGCUGUCGCCAGAGAAUGCCGAAGCAGUGGCUAAGGAGUCACUGAAGAUAUGGGAGAUGAUCAACAGCGGCGAGAAGGAGGCUGGAUUCCGCGUGGGAGAGGGGGUCCUUCGUAAGGCGAUGGAAUACUGUUACGAGCACGGCCGGCGCAAGAGGUAUACUCUUGUCGAUUUCAUGUACGGGGGCCAGUAUUAUCCUCCACAUAAGCACCCGGCCGAGUAUGAAGAGAAUAAGGCCGUGGAUGAGGGUCUGAGGGAUUGGGAUAAUGAUUUUAUUCGUGGUUGCGACACGGAAACCGUCUUAGAGCUCAUAACUGCUGCAGAUCAUCUGAUGAUCAUCAGGCUAUCCGAUCUGGUUUGCCAAUCUAUAGUGGACAUGACGAUUGGGGACGCGAUGAUAGGGGAGGGUGCGGACAUGAUUCAGAAGAUAUUCAAAGUCAAAUUUGACAUGACGCAGAAUGAGCUAGAAGAGGAAGAUAACGAGAACAGAUUAAUGCUGCUUAAUAAAUCAGUGCUGAAGGAGUCCAAUGUGGACAGCUUGCUCGAGUUGAGUGAUUUUAUCGCUUCACCACCAACAGAUGAACAUAGCGAUUGAUCUGCAGGAUAUGACCUAGAGGUUUCAUAUGUUUCUUUUCACUUUAGUUUUCUUGGAUAUGAUUUGGUGGUGGUGCAUAAAUUCUGUUGAUAGCCAUUACCUGAUGAUUCUCUAUUUGUAUUCUUCCUCUUUAGUUUAUUAUUACAAUAUAACCUAUGCAUAUACCUACA